UUUGUAUGUGGCGUCGUACGGAUCUACAAACGCGGCUUUUAGAUACGGCUCCGAGCGUGUAGCUAUGAGUCUCUAUAGCGACGCUGAGCUUGGGGCCUGGAGAUAUGAAUAUUUGAACAAGUUGAGUGAGAAGAGGACACUAUUUUGCGUUACGGUGCCCGGAUGGUAUGAAUCUGACGAGAGACCGAUCGUUUCACUGUAGAGAGAAGUCUUCUAUUGUAUAAUUACAUUCUCGAACGGCCCUUGAUACACCUAUUUUGAUAGUAAAACCUUCAAAGAUUGUCGCGGAACUCAUUACAGGACAACCCCUGAGAAAGGCCAAAUUCGUGGUCAGGUACGCCCUCGAAUGGUAGCGGCAGUCCAGGAGGAGUACCGUGACUCGACAUUGAUAAGUGUAUGGUUGGAGUUGAGCCGUGAAUUCCGACUGUCCGAGAAAAUGUCUAGGAGAAACCAAGGUAUUGUGCCAGAGAGACAGCGCUUUGUUGCGGUGCCAGAAGUACUUUCGAACUUGACGUCUGGGGUAGCCCAGUUGGUCCAAUAGACAGUGAUUGCCAGUCAAGUGGAUGUGCGAUA